AUGUAUGAUAUCCAAAUUUUACUUCAUUUUGGAAUUACAGGAAUUAAGACUCACAUGACUGAAGUAAAGCAAUGUUUUUUCAAAUUACCUGCAAGAGGACAAGUUCUGAUAUGCUGUGAUGGAGCAUCACAAGGUAACCCUGGAAAUGUAGGAUUGGGAUUUGUGGCAAGAAAUGAUCAAGGUGGAUGUUUGGGAGCAGCUUAUGGAGGCUUGGGGUUAGCAACAAAUUAUCUGGCAGAAGUAAUGGCCUUAGUGGUUGCUGGUGAAUGGGCUAUGAAGAAAAGGUAUGAGAAUGUUUGCUUCAGUCUUGAUUCUAAAGAAGUUUUACUAGCUUUCAGCAAUGAUAGAAUACCUUGGAUUGUUGUGAAUAGAUGGAACAAUAUUAGAAAACAUAUAUCAAGGAUCACAUUCAUACAUUCAUAUAGGGAGAUAAAUUUUUCUGCUGAUAAAAUGGCUAAACAGGGUGUUCUACUUGCAAGAGGGAUUGUUAUGUAUUAUGAAGACAAACCAAGUUUUCUGCCUCAGUUGGAAAGAGAAGAUGGUGUAUACUUUAGAUUCAGUUCUUGGAGAAGUAUAUGUUGA